GCGGACCCUCUCUUCCAACCACUCCAGGCGGUCUUGUCCAUCCUCUUUCUUGCGCGCCCGCCCUUCCCUCUCAUCCCAUCCUGUCCUAUUUCUCACUAGUAUUUUGUCACACCCUCUGGGUCUUUUUUACUUGCAAGUCAACUCUCGUCUGCACCAACUUUCCAACACAGACACCAAGAAAGCCCAGACGAGUGCAUACCAGCCUGACUUGCCACUACCAUUCGUUGUCCUUUCGACCUGAUAUUCUGAGUCACCAGACCCCAGUUGGAGUAUCCACGUUCUGCCCUGAGGAAGGGUUCUUGGGUUUCAACGCAGCCACACGAGGGGUAUUGUACACGACGGGGCAGCAUAGUAUUAUUGCUCUGAACUCUGCUGGUUGUGGAUUCAAACAAACCACAAAAACAAAGACUGGAUGAGCAAGAGCAAAGUAAAGCAGAGACAAGACCGGACGACAACUGCAGGGACAAUUUGCUUUUCAUUAGCCUCUUCUUUACAACUUCUUAGUUUGUGUCAGGAUCAGUAGCCCAUGCCCGUUCACGAGCGCCAUGGUCCAACUGCCACACCCUAACUACUAGUUCACCUACCUAACUCUCUUGUCUUCCCGUUCGCCUCUUCAACCCGCCCACCCCCAACCCGGACGUCCAUCUUCUACGAAACACGACACCACCACCACCUGCAGCACGACUACUCCUACAACUGCUUAGCAGUUCCAACUUCUACCAACUUUCCUCCUCUACUCAACCUCACUUUUUCUUUUGUCGACAAUCACUCAUAUUUGCUCAACCCUCAACGCGAACUCACGUCGACCCACUCUUAUCUAAGGUAUCUAUCUAGCUGCCUUGUCGACGACAUCACCAUUCGGGCACUUAAACGGAAGCCUACACUCAACGCACUUCUGCCUUCUGCCUCCUCACUUUAGUGUCUGAUUUACCUUCAGUUGUCGAGUCAUGAUAUGACCUUCGACAUCCGAGUGAGACUGGCAUAGCUUUUUGCGAUUUGUUGGGCAUCGCGUCGAGCUGCUUCUCACAUCUUCGACUUGGCCAUUUCACGCAACACCGUUAACGGCUUGCACAUUUGGCUCACCAACGUCCGCAACCUUUAUUUCUCCCUACUGCAUUCUUCACCGGUCACUGUAUCUCGCACCAGCAAUAAUAUCGAUAAGGCCUAGUUAUUCAACUGUUUAUAUCCAUUAGCCUUACUGCGUCAUCUGCUCGCGCAUUACCGAAGCGCGCAGCACUUCACAACCUCACAAUGUCCUUCUCGAACAGCAGCGGUGGCACACUCGCCCUACCAUCACCAACCCACGCCCACCACAUCGACGUCACAUCGGCAGUUCGCACUCUCCGGCGCUCUAUUUCACGAUCACCUUCCAAGUUCUUGACGCGCUCCAACUCCCAAAACUCGCUGAGCCCCGAAAGCCCCCACCAAACCUCACCUCAAUCGCCUUGUCGUCGAUUUGGCGCAACACCGCAAAAUCAACAACUUCUACCGUCCCACACUCGCUCAGCACCUCCUCACAUCAACGGUGCCCCGCAUUCAACCGCCUUUACACCUUUCCGCCCCAGCGUUAGGCUUUCGUUGCGUUCCGCCAAGGCCGGUAAGACAUCGCCCUCGAGACCGUUGACACGAGCACGCGCAUCUCCCAAGAGCCCUCUGAAGAGGGCACUCAACAUGGCUCCCGAUAGCGGCAACUCACUACCUGCGAUACCUUUGGCUUCGGUUAUUGAUGCAUCAGGGCAAGAGAACAACGCUCUGGGAGCUACAAGCCCCAUCUCUGUCAGUCCCGUCAAGCGGCGCAGCCUCACUCUCGACGUCGCUGAAUCUUCGCCGACAUCAUUUCUCAAGUCUCUUGAUUCCAACAAUGAUGGCCAGAUGGUCACAAACAACGGGUCAUUAAAGCGCAGCGACGCAACCAUGAAUCUGGACCAACCGAGCCAGGGAAGCCCGGUGGCUAAGCGACGGAGCUUGCAUGGAAUAUCGGGGCUGGGCCAGAACGAGGACCAAAAUAUCUUUGGCGCCAACACGACAUCUUCACAGAGCUUCUAUAUACAUGAAGACUCAUCUACCGAGUAUGAGAUUGCGGGUACUAGCGGAUCACCGUUCCGCGAUCCUGUUCCCUCACCAACACCUGCGACGACAAAUGUUCCUAAGAGGUCAUCGUCCCUACGUAAGUCAACUCUACAACAAAGAUAUGGGGAGCGAGGAUCUUGGGGAAGACGAUCCGGUGAACGACAGCUGGCUCAGAUGAGCUCCGAAUAUUCUCCUGUCCGAAGUCGACCUCGCCUUUCUCUGGACCAAUUUGUUCCUCCUCCCGUGCCUCAAGAGAGUCCCUUUGUUUCUACAACGCCGACCUCGAAACCACCACCCACUACUUUCUUUGGCGACAAGGCCCAUCAACCACAUCCUCUAUCGAAGACACUGACGACAUCGUCUUCAGGAAACAGCCUAACCGAGGAAGCACCUAUUUAUGCUCCCGUGGCCCGGAUGCCAGAUCGACCCAGACCUCACCUUUUCUCACGAUCUCUACCUCUCAAUGCGACACGACCUACUCGCCCAAAUGAUAUGUCCAAGGCCAUGGCGACACCCAGCAACUCGCAGCUGUGGGUGGGCGCUUUCAACUCUACUGGACUUAUUUCCAAGGUCAACCGAAACCCCGAAGAGGAUGCCGACAAGAAGAUGGCCCCUCCCGAUACACCAUGCAAGAAGCACUCUAACCCGUUCGCUACUUUCCCUCCACCGGCCGGGAGUGCCAUGAAGAAGAGGGGUAACAACCGGAAUUCUUUUGGCGGUCUCCCUUCCACCCCAUUUGGUAACAGCACAGGUCCCAACAGUUUUGGUAGGCCAGGAAAGGGCAUGUCGAUAUUCCAGCGUGGCAGUGCUUCUAGGAGUGCACGUCGCGGUAGUGUCCUUAGCCUGGAUGGUGACGAGCACAAGCUCUUUGGUGAAACGAUUGACUUUUCGACACCCAUGGAAGGCGACGCUCCUCCUACUCCAACCAAGAACACUUUGACUCCCAGCCUUAGCAAGGUCAGCGAGUACUCAUUUGAGAGUCCCCAUGAUAACCAUAGCCCAACUGCCAACCGAACAUUACACUCUACUACUCCGGUCCUCGGCACCUCUAUCCCUCGAGAAGCAACUUGUAAGUCGGAAGUCCCAACAACGGACGGACCAGCUGGAACAGUCGACAAUUCAAGUCGGCUUACCGAUGCUGGACGUCUGUAUUCCCCAUCUUCGCAUCUGCCUCUAUCUUCGUUUGGCCGUUCCAGGGCUCGACGAGGAUUACACUCUCCUUCUCCACUAAGCACAGUUUCUUUGAGUCAUCCCCUCAGUUCUCCUCAUGAGACAUUUACUAAAUCGAAACUCUGUGAAUCAGCCAGCCCCCUUGAUGGACGACGAACACCGCAAACGCCACGUGAGAGUUUGCUGCCUCUCGACACCAGCCGAUUGUCUAUUUCUCAGAUUGGCGAUGGCUUCUCUGAUAACAUGCCACCUCCCGUCACCCCAACAGCAGGACGGGACUUGCGAUCAUCUACCAGCCUCCUUGUUACUCCUGUGAACGCCCGUACUAGUAACAUUGACAUUGACGCAAGCCUAUCCUCCCGAUUUGACAAAGUGGAGCAGAUUGGAAAGGGUGAAUUCUCUGUCGUCUAUCGUGUCACUCAGGCGGACCAUCAAAUGACAUUUGGCAACCUCAGUACAACCCCGACAACAAGCCCCACCAAGGGUAGAGUCUAUGCUGUAAAGAAGAGCAAGCAUGCGUUUCAGGGACCAAAGGACCGGGAUACGAAGGUCCGAGAGGCCGAGAUCUUGAGGACUCUUAGCUUCUCUGAGCAUGUGGUCCAGUACUUCGAUCAUUGGGACUACAAUAACCAUCUCUAUAUCCAAACAGAGUACUGCGAAGAGGGUACCCUCGACAAGUUCCUGGGCACUGUUGGACGAGGUGGACGACUAGAUGACUUUCGCAUCUUCAAGAUCCUCCAGGACCUGUGCUUGGGCCUGAAGGAUAUCCAUGAUUCAGGUUUCAUGCACCUGGAUCUCAAGCCGGCCAACAUUCUUGUUACGUUCGAAGGUGUUCUCAAGAUUGGUGACUUCGGCCUAGCCCAAUCCUGUUCAUCUGCCGAAGGCGUGGACGUUGAGGGCGAUCGUGAGUACAUGGCCCCUGAGAUGCUCAAGGGCAAAUCCUGCCAGUCCGCCGACGUCUUCUCUCUUGGCCUCAUCAUUCUUGAGACAGCCGCCAACGUUGUCCUACCUGACAACGGACCGACGUGGAUCGCCCUCCGCUCUGGAGAUCUUUCCGAAGUGCCAAGUCUCACCUGGAAUCCCUCUAUUGAGGUCCAGCGAGAUGCCACUGGUAACCCUACCGAGAUAAUGCAUAGCGAUGAUUUCACAAGUGGCAAGACCCACGACCCAAGCAACUUGUUUGGCCCAUCCAAGCGAUCGGAACUACUUCAACCUCCCGAGUUUAUGGUUAAUGCCACCCACAGCAGUUCUCUCGAUUUGAUUGUACGAUGGAUGACAGCUCAAGAACCCAGUGAGCGACCAACUGUGCAUCAGGUUCUGGAACUUGAGGGCCUGCAGUGGGUUGGCCAUCACCGCGCCGCACCGGCAACUGUUUAUGAAGGAAACUGGGGACCCGAUGAGGAGUUGAUCCCUAUUUCCAUCGCAGAGGGUGGUGACAGUGACACAGAGAUGACCGACGUCUAGAGGGAAUUACCUGGUUGCAUUUCACUCUGGAUAGCACUGGAGGUCUACUGAGAAGGAGCUUUUUGCGAUUUCUAUAAGGGAAACACGCCUGAAUGAUGUUGGAGAACCUGGCUCGAACUAGGAUCAUAGCACUCACGACCAGGAGGAAUUAUGUGCUCUGACGACAUCUACAUUAUUUGCUACUACGACACGACACGAAUACCACGAGGAAUGGAAGCCAUUAGCGGGAGAUUUAUUCCCAUGGCGUUUUGUUGAGUUCUUUAUUCAACCUUUGAUUCGGAGGCUGUCGCUACCAGGCACGCCACGACUGUUCCCCGAACCGACCAUUUUUUUCAUUUGUCAACUUUUCUUUGUACGCCACAGGGAGCGAGAGCACGAUUUGAAGAAUGUGCCCCUCUUAGGAAGAUGGCUUGAAUAUUUUGCGUCUCAACAGCGAGACUGCGUGUACAAAAUACCCCGGAAAGCAUUAGACAUGCUGUGGCUACAGCGCAUAUUGGGUGGGAGUAAUAAUCAAAAGUUCCGGCAAACCUCUGCAGGAUUCAGCAGAGAGGGGCAACAGCACAGGACACAGCAUAUGGAGGAGCCAAAAAGAGACGGCUGUCUUUAAGAAAUGAUUGUAUCGAGUCAUUGGAAGGUGCAGGGUUUGCUACAUGAGACGCUGGAAUAUUGUAAAUUAUAGUAAUGGCUCUUUGAGCAAGCAUACAAGCAAGCAUGGUGGAAGGAUACUUUAGAAGCCCACUGCCGAAGCAAGGCAGAAUGGGAUGGAUUGAAAGGCCACUGGAUGGGGGAGCUUGAUCUGAUAGCUGCUGAUGAUUCUGACGACGAAAUGGCAUGAAUAUGAUACGAUCGAUUCACAAUCAACACUUCGCUUUGGCUGUGUA